AUAGAGAAAGGCACGCAACGCAAUCAAGAGGUCCAGUAAAUUGCGGGUCCAGCCACAGUGAGUGCCGGUUUCAAAUGCUCUCCGAGUUACGGGUGUCGUCCGAGCGUUUUCCGAGAAGUGCACAGUACACAAACCAGAAGGUGGAAUAAACACGGUUGAAACGGUCGCCAUAUAAAAAUAAUCCGCCGUUCGAAGGCAAAAGUAGUGAUGAGGAAGUGGCAGCAAAGGUGAUGGUGUGGCAAGAGCGACUAACCGAGUGAACCGCGCGCUGUGGAAGUGUUGUAAGCCGGAAACGCAAAACGUAAGCUUCCGCGGUGCGCGUUGCGGCCAUUCAUCGACCAAAUUAUCCCGCGUCCUGGCCCGGCCUGGGCUGACCUGGCUCGGCACACCCCCUCAAUCACCAUCGUCCUCAAUUACUGCAGCAUUACUGCAGCUCCAGCGAGUCCAGCUGGGUCGUCACACCAUGAAUAGGAAGCUGCAUCUGCUGGCCGCUGUGCCCCUGCUCAGCGUGCUGAUGGGCUACGUAGCUAGUUUGGAAGAGGACUGUCUCGACUUCCAGGGGAACUCGGUCGCGCACGGUCUACUCUAUGUACCUGGGCCGGGUGUGUGCAGUCUGUGCGUGUGCUACCACUCGGAGCCGCUGUGGUGCAAAGCAAUCUACUGUGAUCCACCUUAUUUCUGUAAAAAAUUUCGCGUAGGUGAGCGAUGCUGUGAAUUUGAAUGCCUAGAUCCGCCCGGAGAAGACGAAAUGUAUCAGGCUCGGCUCCGGAAGCGCGCGGAGAUACUGGCCGGAAACGGAGCAGCACCCCAGCUGUUGCGGCUGUCCGGCGAGGCUCUUGGGAUUCCGGUGAGCCGAACCUCCGCCGGCAUGCUGCUACUGGUGGCGUUAGCUAAUAGCGUUACGCAAAGGCUGCUGCUGCUCCCGUCAUAGCUUUACUGAAAGUACUUUGCCCUCGGUUCGGCUUCAUAACGAAUUUUGUUACGAAUUAGAGCAGCCGCCGGCGCUGGGCCGGCGAAUAGGCUAGCAGCAUCGGGUCGCUUGUGACGCAGAGUGACGACGUUAUAGAAUAUUCAAUGAGCGAACGGUAAAGGUAGAGAAAUGGUUCCGGAGAGGAGCCCCGAAGCCCGAGACCCGAAGGUCUCGGUCGGAGCGGCUCAACGGACGCGCGUAACAAUUUUUCAAAUGCCCCGCGGUUCCGGAGGACCGAGUAACGGUUGCACGGUGUGAAGCAGUUUUUAGAGAGACAGAGAAAGAGAGACGAAGAAACAGUUCUCCUAAAUCGUGAUUACUAAAAUGCUAAACUUUAAAUAUUUAAGAAAACUAAUUGAACAAAUGAUUCAAAUGAAAGAAAAACACAAGCAAAACCAAAGGUUGCAACGAGAUUACUACAAUUAAGAAGACAGUGCGGCAGACGGCUUAGUCAGUAGUCAA